CUCCUCCCAUAGGGGGCGGGAAAGGAAGAUGGCGGCGCCCAGCAGCCGGUAAGGAGAGAGGGCACGGGGGUUCCUAGUUUCGGCCAGACUUGUGCGCUAUGGCCGCAUCCCCGCACGCUCUCUCCCCACGCCUCCUGACAGGCUGGGUAGGAGGAUGUGUCUGGUAUCUUGAAAGAAGAACUAUCCAGGAAUCACCUCACAAGUUCAUGCAUCUUUUCAGGAAUGCCAAUAAGCAGUGGAUUACAUUUCAGCACUUUAAUUUCCUCAAACGCAUGUAUGUCACACAACUGAACAGAAGCCUCAAGCAGCAAGUUAAACCAAAGCCAGAACCAUUGGCCUCUCCUUUCCUUGAGAAGACAUCUCCAGGUCAAGCUAAGCCUGACAUGCACGAGAUGAGAUCUCUUUCAUCCCCCAGUGUACCUUUGUCCGGAAAGCCACAUGAAAAGGAACUGAUGGAACUAGAGUCAGCCUCAAUCAUUGAAGGCUCAGCAAAUGUGGGAAAAGAGACAAAAGAUGAAAAGCAGUGGAAAGAGAUGAAGCUGUGUAUGGAUGAUCUUCCAGGAAUUCUGGCUCGACUGUCCAAAAUCAAGCUCACAGCUCUAGUUGUGAGCACCACCUCGGCUGGAUUUGCAUUGGCCCCGGGACCUUUCGACUGGCCCUGUUUUCUGCUUACUUCUGUUGGGACGGGCCUCGCAUCCUGUGCUGCCAACUCCAUCAAUCAGUUUUUUGAGGUGCCAUUUGACUCAAACAUGAAUAGGACAAAGAACAGACCUCUAGUUCGUGGACAGAUCAGCCCACUGCUAGCUGUGUCCUUUGCCACUUGUUGUGCUGUUCCAGGAGUCGCCCUUCUGACCUGGGGGGUCAAUCCACUCACAGGAGCAUUGGGGCUCUUCAACAUUUUCCUUUACACCUGUUGUUAUACACCACUGAAGAGGAUCAGCAUUGCCAACACAUGGGUCGGGGCCGUGGUAGGGGCCAUCCCACCGGUCAUGGGUUGGACAGCGGCCACUGGCAGCCUGGAUGCUGGAGCCUUUCUUCUGGGAGGAAUCCUCUACUCCUGGCAGUUUCCACAUUUCAACGCCCUGAGCUGGGGCCUGCGCGAGGACUACUCCCGGGGCGGCUACUGCAUGAUGUCGGUGACCCACCCGGCGCUGUGCCGGCGCGUGGCGCUGCGCCACUGCCUGGCCUUGAUCGCGCUGUCCGCCGCCGCGCCGGCGCUGGACGUCACCACGUGGACCUUCCCUGUGGUCUCACUCCCCAUCAACCUGUACAUCUCCUACCUCGGCUUCCGCUUCUACGCCGACGCAGACCGCAGCAGCUCAAGGAAACUGUUCUUCUGCAGCCUGUGGCACCUGCCGCUGCUGCUGCUGCUCAUGCUGACCUGCAAGCGCGGGCGGGGGCCAGCCGGCGCGGCCGCCAGCUGAGGGCACGGGGCGCGGCCGCACAGGCCUUCUGGGAAGAGCUCGAGAAGAGGAAGCGCUGGUUUUAGUACAAGAUGGUAAAAUAAUUUGGUGCUCAGCCAUCACUGGAACAAUUAUUUUAAAUGAUAUACAAUAUGCCCUCCAAAUACAAAAUGGGUUGGCCCAAUUAAUGACUAUAAAGAAAGACCUUCCCUUUGAAGGUCUUUAUACACCGCCUCCUCUGAAGCCGUCCCACCCCCUUUUUCUCGUCCUCUCUGGAUGUACCUGUGCACUGUCCUGGCUCCUUCCCCUCCACCUCCAAUUUCCACCUGCCAGCCAGAGUGGCAGCAGGUGGCCCCUAAGGAGAGCACUUGAUAAUGUGCCGUCUGUAGCCUGUGUGCACAAGUCCCUGCUGGGCCUGGUCCCAGAAAAUGCACACUCUGGCCCCAGCACCCCCUUCCCUGUGAAUGAGCCCAGGUCCCCACUCCCCCAGUCUGGGCUUCCUCUGCUCCACACAUACUCUCCAGCCAGGUUAUAAACUAUUAAUAUCAAGGGUAGACUGCCACUAGGGAGGGGGAUUUCAAACGGUUGCCUGGAAGGGGGGUGGUCUCAGACUGGACUGCCAGCCCCUACCAUCCCCAGCAUCAGCACUUCAUACCAGGGUACCCAAGGCAUCUUUAUAAUCCACUAUAAACUGCAGGUACUUUGUGAGGCAUUUCUUUCUGGAAGAGUAGCUCUAGGCUUAAUACCAGAAAUCCCUCCGGCUACAAGUCCAUCACUGAACCUCUUUGGUCGCCACUGGGUCAUCCACUCCUCCCAGCUGCACUGCUUUCUCCAGCCUGUAUGAGAAGGGAAGUCAGGCAAAAGGGUGUGCGGGGCUAGCCAUCCACCUUGCUCACUUUCUAGUACCUCCAGUGAAACACGCAUUUCCCUCCUGAGAUCUCCUGAAUUAAAUUAGCCUCCAUGUGUCCAGUGGCUUUGAGAGGCAGAAGCAUGGUUCUGAGAGUUCUGUGAGUUGCCCUGUAAUCAGGUGUGGCGGCCGAUACCAGACACAGUCACCUGUAGCUCUUUAGUGCUUCAUCCUGCCUCGGGGUUGUGUAGAGCCCCGGUGGCUGAAGGUCCAGAGCUAGACAGAAUGUCGUGAUCGCUCCAUCUCCCAGGGCACUGCUGCACAGGGCUUAAGAAGCCCUGGCAAUAUGCCUGUUCUCAGAAAUUUCUAAAGAGCUUGCAGAUAGCCUCUCAUCUCUGUUACUACUUACCCGCAGUCUUCUCUCUUGGCUGUCUCCUGUAGGGAACAUGGCAUAGGAAAGUCUAGAGAAAGCAUCUACAACUUGUUAUAGCCUUCACAUUUGCAAAACGCAUUGAUUCCUUUUUUCUUCUCUAAUAAAACAGUACAUAAGGAGUGUGUAUCAUGAUAUCGUUGUAUUUAAUCAUCCUGUGCUGACCUGCACAGUCCCUGGUAACACUUGACCCUUCAAGAGCCAGCCUUCAAGAGGGUUAUGGGGCAUUGUAAAUUGACAAAUUAUAGUUGUAUAUAUUUAUGAGGUACAAAGUGAUGUUGUGAUAUACAAAUUCAAUGUGGAAUAAUUAAAUGAAGCCAAUGAACAUAUUCAUCACCUCCACUUUUUGUGAUGAGAACAUUUGAAAUUAGUUAUUUUGAGAUGAUUAAUAUACCAUUAUUUAAUCUCAGAGACAAAAACAUAUUUUUCCUGUCCGUUUGAGGCUUUGUAUCCUGUGACUGUCAUCUCUCAGUCCCCUCAGCGCCUAACCUCUGUAACCACCACUCCACUCUCUGCUUCUUUGGGUCUGAUAGUUUUCAAGUCCGCGUGGAAGGGAGAACAUGCCCUCUUUGGCUUUCUUUGCUUUACUAAGUUGAAACUUUUCACCUUUUUCCGUAAAGGAAGCCCUUCUCUUUGGCCUGUCUGAAUCUCUACUCUUGUGCUCUGGGCCCAUCAGGUAAAGUAAAGGUGGCUUGAGCACAGCCCUGCACUGACAGUCGAUCUGAUUCCCAGGAUGGCUAGUAAGUGACUUUUGGGCAGGGAGACGCUCAGCAUGGAUUCGGACCAAAGGAUGAUUCACAUCCUGGGUCAGAUGGAGUGUGACAGCACGAGAUUUCAUCAGGAUACUCAGAACAGGGCACAAAUGUAUGAAUUGUUUAUUGUUGAAAUUUUCUAUUUAAAAUUUUUGGACCUGUGUUGACUGUGGGUAACUGAAACCUCAAAAUAGCAAAACCUCAGAGAGGGAAGAUCUGCUGUCCUAAUCUUCGUGCCUAUAGAAGUUAAGUAAGAACAUACCAGCUUCUUGUAUGUUAGAAACCCAAAUAUAAUUGACCUCAUGCUAGACAGAUUACACUUUCCAGCAUCUUUUGGCCACAGUUUCCUA